CUGGCUGACAGAGCAAGGGCUGGAGAUAGCGCUGCAGCUGGAGGGUCGCAAUUGAGGGUCCAGGGUGACAUUUGGAGGCUCAAGGCAGGUUGGGACGAGGCCAUCUGGGAACCCAGUGGCAGGAUGAUGGAGGAGGAGGAGCUGGAGUUCGUGGAGGAGCUAGAAGCCGUGCUGCAGCUCACGCCUGAGGUGCAGCUGGCCAUCGAGCAGGUAUUUCCAAGCCAGGAUCCUCUAGAUCGAGCAGACUUCAAUGCUGUUGAGUACAUCAAUACCCUGUUCCCAACAGAGCAAUCUCUGGCAAAUAUAGAUGACGUCGUGAACAAAAUUAGACUGAAAAUAAGGAGACUGGAUGACAAUAUUCGAACUGUUGUAAGAGGUCAGACAAAUGUGGGACAGGAUGGAAGGCAAGCACUUGAAGAGGCCCAGAAAGCUAUUCAGCAACUCUUUGGAAAAAUCAAAGAUAUCAAAGACAAAGCAGAAAAAUCAGAGCAAAUGGUAAAGGAAAUCACCCGUGAUAUUAAGCAAUUGGACCAUGCCAAACGCCAUUUGACAACAUCAAUCACAACACUGAACCACCUACAUAUGCUGGCUGGUGGUGUCGACUCCCUUGAAGCCAUGACCAGACGCAGACAGUAUGGAGAAGUUGCUAAUCUCCUUCAGGGUGUAAUGAAUGUUCUGGAACACUUCCAUAAAUAUAUGGGAAUCCCACAGAUCCGGCAACUUUCUGAAAGAGUGAAGGCUGCUCAGACAGAGUUAGGACAGCAAAUCUUGGCAGAUUUUGAAGAAGCUUUUCCUUCCCAGGGCACCAAGUUUGGUGAAAACUACUGGGAAGAGUAUCGGGGGCUUAUUUUUAGACUUGCCAACAGGCAUGUGAGAAUUCAGGCUGCAGGAGACUGGAGGUUUCCAAAGCCAGCCAGUGAUCCCUGUGAGCGCCAGGACCUGCUUUUCUCCAGCAGUGUUGCUGCCAAGCUUUUAUUGGCAGAACUUUCCAAGAUCAUGCGUACCAGAGCUAAGGAAAUUGAAGUGAAGUUGCUUCUUUUUGCAAUUCAGAGAACAACUAACUUUGAGGGGUUUCUUGCAAAACGUUUCUCUGGCUGUACCCUAGCCGAUGGAACCCUGAAAAAACUGGAGUCCCCACCACCGUCUACCAAUCCCUUCCUGGAAGAUGAGGCCACACCAGAGAUGGAAGAGCUGGCGAUGGACAAAGGAGAGUUAGACCAACCUAAGAAGCCUAAAGCCCCAGAUAAUCCAUUUCAUGGCAUUGUUUCCAAAUGUUUUGAGCCUCAUCUCUAUGUCUACAUUGAGUCCCAGGACAAGAACCUUGGAGAGCUGAUAGAUAGGUUUGUGGCUGAUUUCAAAGCCCAAGGACCCCCCAAGCCCAAUACAGAUGAAGGGGGUGCUGUACUCCCCAGCUGUGCUGACCUCUUUGUCUACUACAAGAAGUGCAUGGUGCAGUGCUCACAGCUCAGUACAGGGGAACCGAUGAUAGCCCUGACCACCAUCUUCCAGAAGUACCUUCGAGAGUAUGCCUGGAAAAUCCUCUCUGGCAACCUGCCCAAAACCACCAGCAGCAGUGGAGGGCUAACCAUCAGCAGCCUCCUCAAGGAAAAGGAGGGCUCCGAAGCAGCCAAGUUCACACUCGAGGAGCUCUGCCUCAUCUGCAGCAUCUUGAGCACAGCUGAAUACUGUCUAGCCACCACCCAGCAGCUAGAAGAAAAACUCAAAGAAAAGGUUGACGUAAGUCUGAUUGAACGAAUCAAUCUGACAGGAGAAAUGGACACAUUCAGCACUGUCAUCUCCAGCAGUAUCCAAUUGUUGGUACAGGACCUAGAUGCGGCUUGCGACCCUGCCCUAACAGCUAUGAGCAAGAUGCAGUGGCAGAAUGUGGAGCACGUUGGUGACCAGAGCCCCUAUGUCACCUCUGUCAUUCUUCACAUCAAGCAGAAUGUCCCCAUCAUCCGUGACAACCUGGCUUCCACGCGGAAAUACUUCACUCAGUUCUGCAUUAAAUUUGCAAACUCCUUCAUUCCCAAAUUCAUCACCCACCUCUUCAAGUGCAAGCCAAUUAGCAUGGUGGGAGCAGAGCAGCUGCUGCUGGACACCCACUCCCUGAAGAUGGUCCUGCUCGACCUCCCAUCCAUUGGUUCACAGGUGGUGAGGAAGGCACCUGCCAGUUACACCAAAAUUGUGGUGAAAGGCAUGACCCGGGCUGAGAUGAUCCUCAAGGUGGUAAUGGCCCCUCAUGAACCGUUGGUGGUAUUCGUUGACAACUACAUCAAACUCCUUACAGACUGCAACACAGAAACCUUCCAGAAGAUACUGGACAUGAAGGGGCUGAAGAGGAGUGAGCAGAGCAGCAUGCUGGAACUCCUGCGGCAGAGGCUCCCCACCCCACCGGCAGGCCCCGAGGGCUCCAGCUCACUGUCCCUCAUGGCACCCACACCUGAGCAGGAAUCCUCUCGAAUCCGCAAACUCGAGAAACUCAUUAAAAAGAGACUAUAAGAGGUGGGAAGGGUGGUACCAGCAACCUUCAGUACCCAGUUCUUGGAAGCCCCCAUGACUCUCAGAGCCCAGUUCUCCAAGUUCCUGGGACACUGAGGUUGUUCAUGCCUUUCCCCCCUACCCUCUCUUUUUGUCCUUGUAGCAGAAGCUACAAGGGUUAUGAAAAAGGUUAUAGAUGAUAUUCCCAAAGUGGAGGCAGCAGUGGGAGAAGGUCCAGGUGGUUUACUUGCUGUUUGUAGGCUGCCCUUGACAGCUGAGUUGUCAUUGGCUCAAGUUGCCUCACCCCCACGAUACAUCCUCCCUUCAGUACGUGGGUUCUGUUCCUUACAGCAUACCUGUGCCAGCAGCUUGACUGAGGAAGCCUAGCUCCCACCCUUCCCCCCCGUCACUGGGUGCAGCUGUAUGGCCUGAGUGAGAAGGCAGGUUGCAGAAUAGGACAUCAGCCUUUCUUCAUGAAGGCAAUGCAAGCACGUGCACUUUCCACGAAAGGCACUCUUUCCUGGUUCACGCUUCUGAAAACUUCCAUGACAUGGCCAAAUAUCUCCCCCAUGUUCUCCCCAGGGGAGAGCUGCCCCUGUGUCUCCCCAAGAUGUGUGCACCAGGCCUUGGCAGCAAUGUCGUGUCAGCCAUAGGGCUCCUGACUUGGUGUGCAGGGAGACCCAGAGCUGGCUUAGAGGCUUCUGCUUGACACAUCACUGUGUUCUCAAGCCGUCUGUUUGCCCUGUUUCACUCUGCUCCUGAUUUCCAAGGAAGGGAUUGCCUUCUAAAUGGGGAGACUAGAAACUUCUCGGAAAAGCUUUUUGCUGAAGAUGAAGCAAAUAAAUAGGCCUAUGCUGUUUGA